CCUAUUUCUAUUCAUAUCCAAAGUUCCUGAAAUGUCUCUCCCCAAGGCACAAUUGCAGAAUUUUGUUUUUACUUGCCUUGUUUGUGUUGUGGGUCGGACGCUGACAUUUGAAUGUAGCCUGUUAUCGUUUGUGUAGGUAUGUAUGUAGCCCAGGAAUCUGGUAAUCAAGUCAAGGUUAGGCGGCCUGUCUUUUAUCUGAAGGGCUGGGAACUCAUUGUAGGGGUCAGAUACCGGGGUGCAGCAUCCUCCUAGAUCCAGUUCUGGUCCAGGCUGGCAGCGAGCAUGUGGGCAGGCUGUGCAGAGUGGAUGCAGGGCAGCCUGACAGCUGGAGCUGUGGGGAAGGCAGCCUGAGACCGAGUGGGAGGGACGGGUCUCAGUGGGACAGAGACAUUCAACAGGAAACAUCUUCUGGGAGGAUGCAGCACAUUGCCUGGUGUAGAAGAGAGGAGCGUGGGCCGGUGUCUAGUGGUGACGUAAACGGAAGCUGGAACACAAAGUGAGCACAGGGAAGUCGUAAAGUAACCCAGAUCAGCAGUGCACGGUGCACCAUUCCUGGCCUUUGCUCAUGGUCCUGCAUGGUGGGGAAUCUCAUGGUGCAGACCUGGGUGCGGAGGACACGGCGGGGUGUCGCGGGGACACGAAACCUCCCCGGAGCCGCAGUCGCCGCGCGGGGCGGCCUGGGAAAGUCACCAGUCAGCAGCGCAGUGGCGGGAACCGCAGCCCGGCGGCCCUGGAACCUCCCAGAGAACUAUUGCAAAUGUGAUCCUGACCAUCAACAUGUGAAGACUGGAAAGGAGUCUUGUCAGUGUAAUGAGCUUGGCAAAGUGCUUCAUGACCCCUCCACAUGUGCACUUUAUAAAGCAAUUGAAACUACAGAAAACUCUAAUAAACACACAUGCGGUAACCACAGGGAUGCCUCUAUUGACUCAUCAAACCUAAAUGGACAUGAAAGCAUGCACACUGGAGAAGAACUUUGGAAAACUAAAGACUGUGAGAAAUCUUUAAAUGUGUGUUCCAUCAUUACUCAAGAUCAGGGACUCUACACUGCAAAGAAAGAGCACAGGCAGGAAAAAAAUGGUGACUCUUUUGCCUCUUUAUACAGUCUUUUGCAACAAGCAGUCUACAUCUUAGAGGCUCCACACCAAUGUAGGAAAUGCGGGAAAUGCUUCAAGACUGCCUCAUACCUCACUGAACAUGAGAGAAUUCAUGCUGGAUUUAAACCCUAUAAAUGCAUCGUUUGUGAAAAAUCCUUUACCCAGCCUUCAGGUCUUGAAAUCCAUCAGAGACUUCAUACUGGAGAGAGACCUUACAAAUGUGGGGUAUGUGACAAAUCCUUUACCUUGAAGUCAACCCUUAGAAGACAUCAGGAAAUUCAUACUGGGGAGAAACCUUACAAAUGUAAGGAAUGUGACAAAUCCUUUACCCGGGACUCAACCCUUAGAAGACAUCAGAGUGUUCACACUGGAGGGAAACUUUACAGAUGCAAGAAAUGUGACAAGUCUUAUACUAGCUGCUCGUAUCUUAGAGCACAUCAGAAAACUCAUACUGGAGAGAAACUUUACAAAUGCAAAGACUGUGACAUAUCCUUUAUCCAUAUUGCAAGUCUUAGAACACAUCAGCGAGUUCAUACUAGAGAUAGUCCUUACAAAUGUGAGUUAUGUGACAAAUCCUUUCCCUUGAACUCAACCCUUAGAAAUCAUCAGAAAAUUCAUACUGGAGAGAAACUCUACAAAUGUAAGGAAUGUGACAAGUCCUUUAUCCAGGCCUCACGUCUUAGGACACAUCAGAGAGUUCAUACUGGGGAGAAACCUUACAAAUGUAUGGAAUGUGACAAAUCCUUUACCCAGGAAUCAACCCUUAGAAGGCAUCAGAGAGUUCAUACUGGAGAGAGACCUUAUAGUUGUAAAGAAUGUCACAAAUCUUUUACAAGGUGCUCCUACCUCUUAGCACAUCAGAAAAUUCAUACUGGAGAGAAACAUACCAUUGUAAAUAAUGUGUCAUAGCAUUUUCCCAGUAUUCUCUGCUUUCGAAUUACAACAGUACACAAAAUGGAUACAUAAAGAUCAGAAACUUGUAAAGGUUUUUAAUGAAGGUUUACAUUUUAAAAAAUAUCCUAGAGUUUAUAUUUAAAUAAAAUUCUGCAAAUGUAA